UCUCCCUCUCCCUCUCCCUCUCUCUCUCCCUCUCUCUCUCUCUCUCUCUCCGGCACAAAGACGCGCUUUACUCGCUCCACGGUCUCUCUGGAAGCAACAACUCGCUUCAGAGGGUUUCUGGAGAGACUUUCAUCUGUUUCUUUACUCUCCUUUGGCAGGAAAUCAAGUUCCCGGACGCGUAUUUCGGGGUUGAGUUUUACGCGGAGACGCCGGGAGGGAACUUCACGUCAGCGAAGCUUGUUCUCGUCUUCUGCCACUGAGACGAGGGACGUCUAUCCGCGGGGGGGGGGGGGAUUGACCUUUUUAUUCUUUUUAUUGCUGUCCGGUGUUGACGGCUGUCCAUCGGCGGGAUGUUUUUGUUUUUUUUAAGGAUUUUCCUUGAGUCGUAAAAAAAGAAAGAAAAAAAAAGGAGCGCCCUCAUCGCCCCGCAGCGCACGUUCUCCCCUGAUGACGGAACGCGUGUUCCGCGUGACAUAAAGUCAACAACACAGACACUCAAAGUGCCCCCCCCCCCCUGCGUGGAAGAUGGCUUUUUCCUUCCCCCCGGGGUGCAGCCUAAGCCAGCCGGCCGCGUGCCUAAGGGCACAGUGGCAGUGACACAUCCGGGUCUUUGCGAAGGUUAAGUAUGACUGCAGCAGCCGGUGUGCUGACCGGCUUGGCUAAGCUCAAGCGGCAGGACUCGGCCCGCUCUCAGCACCGGCCCCCGUCCGCGGCGCCUGGCCCGGGAGGCUCCGCCCCGGAAUCUGCCCCCAGGAAGCGGAAGCGGCGCACCGAUGUCGUGGUGGUGCGCGGCAGGCUCCGCCUCUACUCGGCCUCCGGCUUCUUCCUCCUCCUGGGGUUGGUCAUCUUGGCCGCGGGGAUCGCCAUGGCGACGCUGGGUUACUGGCCUCACAGAGCGCCGCCCGAAGGAGGAGGAGGAGGAGGAGGAGGAGGAGGAGGAGGGCCGAGGACAGCGUCCGCCGUAGGAGGAGACGAGGCGGCCGUGGCGGACGGGGACGCGGCGGCUGCCUCCAGCACGGGUCACGACGUGCGAGGUACGAUCUCCAAGCGCACCGCCGGCGCUCUCACGCGGUUCCUGGAGCAGCAUCGGCACUCCGAGCGGAUGAAGAUGUUCGGGCCCUUCACCAUGGGCAUCGGGAUUUUCAUCUUCAUCUGUGCCAACGCAAUACUGCAUGAGAACCGAGACAGAGAAACUAAGAUCAUCCACAUGCGAGACAUGUACUCCACCGUCAUCGACAUCCAUCGCCUCCGGCGGCGGGAGCAGAAGCAGCAGCAGCUGCGCGACAGCGCUUAUGCCAGAGAGGUCGGCGAACUGCGGGCGGAAAACGCCGCCCGCCUGGCGGGCAACUCCCUGCUGGCGUUCUCCUCUCGGGCCGAAGGGUCCGCAGAGGAGGAGGAGGAGGAGGAGGAGGCGGAGGAGGCGGAGGUGCUGUUGGGGGACGAGGAGCGCCGCGGACGCGGCGGGCAGGCUAAGCUGGAUUGUAGCUUCGCGGGGCUGCUGGCGCCCCUCUACAGGGAUCGGCCCCUCAGGGGGGCCCGGCCGGACCCGCUGCGCCACCAGUGGUCCGUGGAGGGAGACCGGGAGAGGGGAGGACACCACGCGCGCUCCAUCGUCUCCUCCUCCAUCUCUGCGUUCACUCUGCCCGUCAUAAAGCUCAACAACUGCGUUAUCGACGAGCCGGAGAUGGAGGCGAUCACCGAGGAGGAGAGGGCGGGGGAGCGCGGGGACGGGGAGAGGUCGCGGCCCCUCAGCUCCACGGAGUCUCUGGUGGUUCCCGUGGCGUCCGCUGCCAAGGCCUCCAAACCGCCUGCAGGCCUGCAGCGGAGCAACUCCGCCUCCUCGUCCUCCCAGUGCUCCUCCGUCUCCUCCCACUGCCUCUCGCCGGCCCCCUCCUCCACCUCGGGCUGCUGGCUCUCCCCGGGGGCGGCGAGGAGCGACUUCGGCUCCAACUCCUCCCUGCACAUGCUCGGCAGCCACUCCAAGUCGCUGGACCUGGAGCGCAGGCCCAGCGUGCUCAGCGUGCACCCGGAGCAGCGCAAGCACCCCAGCUGGCCCCGCCUCGACCGUAGCAACAGUACCCAUAGCAACGGGGGCAACCGGGGCGGCAGCAAAGGCUACGAGCGGCUGGAGGACAGGGAAGAGCAAGGGGAGCGGCUGCUGGACGCGGCGGCGGCGGCGGCGAGGAGGGAGUACAGCCGGCGGGAGAAGCUGCUGAUGAUUUCCAGGUCGCAUAACAAUCUGAGCUUCGAGCGCGACGAGUUCAACAGCGGCGCGCUGAAGAGGGGCAGCUCGGAGACGCGGUUCUGAGGGACGCUGAGCGGAAGGACGAGGACGAGGGAAAAGACUCAAGCGCGGUUUCAAAGACGCUGUCUCCGAGCGGCGGGAUGGAGAGUGGUGAGAAACGGACCUUUUCUCGGGCCGGUAAAGAGCUGAACGCUCACUGUAGGUCCGAAGAUGCUGUAUCCGACCCUGACCUGUGACCUCUGUGGACGCCGCUACAGGGAUCAAUAAAAAUAAAUCACACCGCCACACGCGUGUACUUCCGACAGGAUCUUGAGUCUUACGAAAACCUGCUUUUCAAGGUUUUUAUUCCAGCGGCAAAAACCAGGACACACUCUGAGCGCUUUGAGCAGGUUUCUUCCUCUGUGAGUGGCAGCGACGCAAAAGGCAAAUUUAUUAUAACGAGGUCCAGGAUCAUCCUGAGAAAUGGAGACCAGGUGACGCUAACGGCCUGAAGGCUGUUUGUCUGAAUGCUCAACGUGGUUCGACACCUUUCAGGCCGAAAAUGACCAACGUCGACUGAUCUAAAUAUGUGUACAUAUUUAUUUUCUUUUAUAUGAUAGCGUGCUGCGGCUUAAUGCAGCGACAAGUUCUAAAUAUUCAAAAGAUUGGUGGUGUGUGUGUGUGCGUACACGUGUGUGUGUAUGUGUGUAUGUGUGUAUGUGUGUGUGUGUGUGCGUACCCGUGUGUGUCCGUUAGCUGAGCAACGUCUUGAGUGGAAAUGUACCGACUAACUUCACGCCGUCUUUUAUCACAUGUUGAUAAUUACUGUGGAGAUUCCUUUCAGACAUUGAUCCCGUCUGAGGCGAAUCUACACGAUGAAUCAAUUCAGUUGAUUAAGAGAAGUGCCAUUGAUUAGCUUUAAGUCCAUGACAUUUUUUGGGGCCUCUGCACUUUUGAAAUAGUUGUAAAAGGGAGUAAUUUAUGUGUAUUGCAGUCACCAUGUUCACAUUUAUCUGUCGUCCACCUGAGAUAGAAUUGAUUUGUUUGUCUCUUGCAGCUGAAAUGAAAGUGUUUUUCUGUGAGUCUUAGAAUGAUAGAACUCACAGGUCGUGUUGAGGAGAAGUGCACCGCUGACGUCGCUUUGCUCACAGCGCACAACGCGGCCCUCGCGCUUCAAAAACCGCAAACUGUUCCUACAGAAUAUACCGAUUGGCCCCAAAUGUAGAGUGCAAACAAAAAGCAUAAUCGACCGCACAGUCCCCGAAGAGCAUCUAAGAAAGGACCCUCGGACCCGGUCCACCUCGCGUAUCCCACGAUGGGACUGAUAACGACGGUCUCGCGUCCCGCAGUUCUUCAUCUCCCUGCUGAUUGGCGGUUUAAAUGGCCUCUGACACGUCACAACCCUUUAAAGUGUGCAGGUUAUUACUGAGGCGCUCUCCAACAUGGCAGAGAUAUCAUUUUGACUUUUUUUGUUGCUGCUCAGACCGUAAAAGCAGUUUAAGUCAAACUUUGUCGUGCAAUGUUUUAUAUUUACAUUAGAUUCUCGUUUAGGAGCCUUUUUUUCCACAAUGAGCUAAAUAAAUUAGCUACAUAAAUUCUUCAAGGGUCAGGGGGCACGAAACCAGUCAUAGGUCAACCAGCUGUAAACUAUAAAAGGGUUCGAUCAGUUGAUUUUGAUAGAAUUGUAAAGGAGGGAUGGUGUUUUUUUGCCGCAGUGCUUUAAGAGCUUGUUUAAAGGUGAAAGUGGUUCAACGUACCGCAAAUAAAAUCAACUGUUUCAUACUUGAUGCUGCUUACGGCAUUUGUCAUUUAGAAGAGGUUUUUUUUUUUAAUGCAGCUUGUCAGCUGCUGUCAAUCAAGCGCAGUCACCAAAAAAGGAGAUGCUAUUUCCUCCUUUAAAUAAAAUCAAAGUAAAUACCAAAAGACAUUUUGACUGAAUAUGAGCGCUGCCGUUUUCCGCUGUAGUUCCUGUUUGUUGGAUGUAACAUCGGCUUGGACGACGUUCGCCAGGUGAUGCCGAUGGCCGGUUUGAAUUAAGGGAAUUGUGCCUCCGGCUGGUUGGUUAGAACCUCGUCUGUGCUGCCUUCAAAUACACAACACAACACGCGCACAAACACACAACAAAAAACAGCGGGAAUCUCACCGGACGCUUCCCAGGCGAUGACGGCUCGAUGUACAAAUAAAAAUUGUAUUUUCACUGAGA